CACGAGUCGUUCAGGAAGUUCAAACGCAUCCUCUGCUCCCGUAAACAGCCUUUCCGUAGAUGCGGGCUUAUCUAUAAACAAAUUCGGUUUGAUAGGAGCGCACCACAUCUCUUCAUCGCGGCGCCAACGUGAAUUCACUUCAGUGCAACGCAGUUCCAACUGAAACGCUCCAGAGCAGGGGGUUCCCAACCUAGGUUCUUGGGACUGCAAUUCCCAGAAGCCUUCACCAGUCGUUGUGCUGGCCGGGCUUUCUGGGCGUUGCAGUCCAAGAACACCAGGGCCACCCAAGGUUAGGAACUAUUGCCCCAGAGCAUAAUAAAUGAGUAGGGGAUGCGAAGAGAAAUCGUGCGUCUUGUAUUUCAGCGGUCUUCCGCCGCUUUCUCCAGCAGGCGACGAACAAGCCGCCGUUCCUAGCAGGUCUCUACCAGUCAUGCACAGAGUAGGCGUUCUUGUCUUCCUAUUUCUCUUGUAAAAGCCCGCCAUCCAAUCGGAAGCCAGAAUGAAAAAUCCGUUCUAUUUCUACCGGAAGUUGAGUGUCUAAGGGGCAGGAAGUGAGCCCACUCUUUUCUCCUCAAUCGCUGCUCUGGGAGGCCGGAAGCGGAAGUAGCACCGGUAAGGCCGGUUGGUACCCGGAAGUUAGCCGGGUGAUGGCGGCUGGUCGGAGUUUGAGCCGCUCGGAACGGAAGGCGGCGGCUCGUGCCGAGUUCCUCCUGCAGGAAGAACAGCGAGAGCGACGCAGGCAGGUGUCGCGCAUCCUGCACAAGCCGGCGGCGGAGCGGAGCUCUGAGGAGGCUGCGCUUCUCUCUGGAUGCCAAGAAAUCGUGCGGGAUCUGGAGCGGCUUCACAAGAAACGCGAGAGACUGAGGCGCCGGUUAGAGGAGAUUUGUGAUGAACCUGAAGAAUUGAGAAGAAAAGUGAGCAAGCUCUCAGCAGUUGUGCGGGGAGCUAAGCAUCUUAUCAUAUAUACAGGAGCCGGCAUCAGUACAGCAGCUUCAAUUCCUGACUACAGAGGCCCAAAUGGGGUGUGGACAAUGCUGCAGAAAGGAAGGAAUAUCAGGGCUACAGAUUUGAGUGAAGCAGAACCAACACUUACGCACAUGUCCAUUGCAAGUUUGCACAAGCACAAACUGGUUCAGCACGUGGUGUCGCAAAAUUGUGAUGGACUCCACUUGCGCAGCGGGCUGCCUCGGGAAGCCCUAUCUGAGCUUCAUGGAAACAUGUAUAUAGAGGUUUGCACAUCUUGUACACCCAAUCGUGAAUAUGUGCGAGUUUUUGAUGUGACAGAGCGCACUGCCCUGCAUAGGCACCAUACUGGCAGAAUGUGUCACAAAUGUGGAGCACAACUAAGAGAUACAAUUGUACACUUUGGAGAAAAGGGCAUGUUGCAGCAGCCCUUGAAUUGGGAGGCGGCAAUAGAAUCCGCAAGCAAAGCAGACGUGAUACUUUGCUUGGGGUCAAGUUUGAAGGUUUUGAAAAAGUAUCCACACUUGUGGUGCAUGAGCAAGCCGCCCAGACGUCGACCUAAACUCUACAUUGUAAAUCUCCAGUGGACACCAAAGGAUGAUCUAGCAGCCUUGAAACUGCAUGGGAAAUGUGAUGAUGUGAUGAAGCUGUUGAUGGAUGAGCUAGGACUUCCCAUCUCUCCCUAUGACAGAACAAAGGACCCCAUCUUCUCUUUGGCUGUUCCUCUGCGACCUGGAGAAGAAGGCAGCCAUACCCGCAAACCUGUGACUCCGCCAGCAGGUCUUCAUGAAGUCCAACUGGGAGAACAACAGCAGGGGCCUACAAGUCCUCUAUCUGGUGGUUGGUUUGGCAGAGGCUGUGCAAAAGGCACAAAAAGGAAAAAACCGUCUUGAUUAUAGACAUAUUAUUUUUCUAACCUUGGGGACCAAUUGUAGUUGCUAAAAUCAAGACACUGGAUUUCACCAGGAUUGCUGGACUAACUGGAAAAAAUACUGCUGCUAUUUUCAUAUUUUUUGCUAUAACUAGUUUAUGAACACAUAGAAACCAAAGCUGAACUUGGUUUCUGCUGUCUGAUUGGAGGUUGGCGUUUGAUACUCAGGGCUGCCAAUUAUUAAAUAUUAUUAAAAAUUAUAAAAUAAUAAA